GCAUCCAUUUUCACCGCCAAAGACACAGGGAAGCCUCGAGGUUCCGGGAAGGUGGAAUUCCAGUCUGCGCGCGAUGCAGAACGUGCAGUGCAGGAGCUGAAUGGUUCGGAGCUCGAUGGCCGGCAGGUCCACGUGAAAAUCAUGGAGGCCCGACCGCCAGAGAGGUCCAGUCCCAUGCGCCCACCUCCAGGGCUGAGCCCCCCGGAUAGUGGCCGUCAGCUCUUCGUGUCGGGCCUCGCGCCGACCACGCAGACUGAGUUGCUGCGUGAGUUCUGCGAAGCCUGCCUUGGCGACGGAUCAGUCGUGUACUGCAACGUCUUCCAGGACCAUGACACCGGCGAGUCAAAAUGCACGGCGAAAAUCGAGUUUGCAUCUUCGGAUCUGCUGGACCGAGCUUUUCAGGACCUGGAGGGUGCGCAGCUGGAGGGUGGCCGUUUGUCCCUCCGCCGGCCAGGCGAACCCCGACAGCCUCCGGCCCCUGACGGGCGUACAAUUUUCCUGGGAGGGCUGAGCUGGGACGUCGACUCCGAAGCCCUCAAAGGCUUCGCGAGCCAGAUCGGCGAGGUCACCUAUGCCGCCGUGUUCACCAACAAAGAAACAGGGAAAUCCAAAGGUUCAGGCAAAGUCCAGUUUGCCACCGCCGAGCUUGCCAGUAAGGCAGUGGAGGAGCUCGCAGGCCAGGAUCUGAUGGGUCGCGAGGUUCAUGUCCGCAUGAUGGAGGCGCAGCCCAGGAAAUCGGGCUGA